UCCCCAAGUCUCCCUGUUUCUCCAGAACCCAUACCUGAUCGUGGUGGUCUUUCUGAUAACCAGCGGUCUGUUCAUGUUCACCUUCAAGUCGACACAGUUUAACAUGAAGGGCUUCAUCAUGGUACUGCUGGCAUCGUUCAUCGGCGGGAUCCGGUGGACCCUCACGCAGGUCCUGAUACAGAAAGCAGAACUGGGUAAAGUUCCCUCGUUGAGACUGCUGCCCACCGAAAACAGCCCAGACCUGGAACUACCUUCUUCAGAAGGAAGACGAGGGGGAGGAGACUGCUGCCCAUCGAAAACAGCCCAGACCUGGAACUACCGUUAUUACGUCAGAAGGAAGACGAGGGGGAGGAGACUGCUGCCCAUCGAAAACAGCCCAGACCUGGAACUACCAUUAUUACGUCAGAAGGAAGACGAGGGGGAGGAGACUGCUGCCCAUCGAAAACAGCCCAGACCUGGAACUACCUUCUUCAGAAGGAAGACGAGGGGGAGGAGACUGCUGCCCACCGAAAACAGCCCAGACCUGGAACUACCGUUAUUACGUCAGAAGGAAGACGAGGGGGAGGAGACUGCUGCCCACCGAAAACAGCCCAGACCUGGAACUACCUUCUUCAGAAGGAAGACGAGGGGGAGGAGACUGCUGCCCAUCGAAAACAGCCCAGACCUGGAACUACCAUUAUUACGUCAGAAGGAAGACGAGGGGGAGGAGACUGCUGCCCAUCGAAAACAGCCCAGACCUGGAACUACCUUCUUCAGAAGGAAGACGAGGGGGAGGAGACUGCUGCCCACCGAAAACAGCCCAGACCUGGAACUACCUUCUUCAGAAGGAAGACGAGGGGGAGGAGACUGCUGCCCAUCGAAAACAGCCCAGACCUGGAACUACCAUUAUUACGUCAGAAGGAAGACGAGGGGAGGAGACUGCUGCCCAUCGAAAACAGCCCAGACCUGGAACUACCAUUAUUACGUCAGAAGGAAGACGAGGGGGAGGAGACUGCUGCCCAUCGAAAACAGCCCAGACCUGGAACUACCAUUAUUACGUCAGAAGGAAGACGAGGGGGAGGAGACUGCUGCCCAUCGAAAACAGCCCAGACCUGGAACCACCGUUAUUACGUCAGAAGGAAGACGAGGGGGAGGAGACUGCUGCCCACCGAAAACAGCCCAGACCUGGAACUACCAUUAUUACGUCAGAAGGAAGACGAGGGGGAGGAGACUGCUGCCCAUCGAAAACAGCCCAGACCUGGAACUACCGUUAUUACGUCAGAAGGAAGACGAGGGGGAGGAGACUGCUGCCCACCGAAAACAGCCCAGACCUGGAACUACCGUUAUUACGUCAGAAGGAAGACGAGGGGGAGCAGACAGCUUCUGAGGACAAUGACGAAGAGCAGGAGAUUCUACUCUGUCUCAAACAAAAUGGUGGACUGACUGUCAUGUUCCAGGGAGGCCAGAGGAACAGAAGGGAAGGAUUCUUACGCUCUUCUACAGCCAACAUUCUCUUCAGGUUUUGUUCAAAACCUAUCGUAGAGUUUAACCAGCGGUAAAACGGACAAACACCCUAAACUGUAUCAAAUGCAUAUACCGUUGCUGUCAGUGACGUGAAACAGGAGUUUUAACCUUAUAGUACGUGAAGUGACCAAACUUCAGGUAACCUUAAUAAUGAUGGAAAUGUUUACUAGGAAUUAAGGAUUACUGAUGUUCAAUAAAAAAAAAAUUUAAAUGCACAUUUUUGAUUUAUUUAAAUUACUGAGUUAAAACAAAUUGGUUGUAAUUUGCACUGUAGGAAAGGGUGUGACUUGAGAUUGAAUAAACUGUG